AUGCAUCAGCCCGACUCCCCGGCCUCGCGCAGCGGCACCCCGCGCCUGCGCAAGCGCGACUCGUCGGCGCCCAACACCCCGCGCGCGCCCCCCUGCGGCCUCGGCGGCGUCGGGAGGCGGACCACGUUCCGGGAGGACGUCGGCCACGCAGCCGCCGAGACCUACCUCGUCACGCGCCUCACCUUCAUCCUCCUCCGCUCCCUCGGGGUAGGCUCUCGGUGGAUAUGUCAACUUCUUGCGCUCCUAAUAUAUGCAGUUUUACUUAUGCCCGGUUUCAUAAGAGUUGGGUACUAUUAUUUUUUCUCAAGUCAGGUUCUUAGAAGCAUAGUGUAUGGAGACCAACCAAGAAAUAGGUUGGAUAUGUACAUACCCACUGAUCGUAGCAAACCCAAUCCAGUUGUGGUAUUUGUAACUGGUGGAGCUUGGAUCAUUGGAUACAAGGCGUGGGGUGCCCUUCUUGGAAGACGGUUAGCAGAGCAUGGAAUUAUAGUCGCUUGCGUUGAUUAUAGAAAUUUCCCCCAAGGAACAAUAAGUGACAUGGUCACUGAUGCUUCUGAGGCAAUUUCAUUUAUUUGUGAUACUGUUGCUAGCUAUGGAGGAGAUCCUAAUCAGAUUUACUUGAUGGGUCAAUCAGCAGGAGCACAUAUCGCCGCAUGUGCUCUCUUGGAGCAAGCAGUUAAAGAAUCUCAAGGAGAAGAAAUUUAUUGGAGUGUUACUCAAAUAAAAUCAUAUUUUGGUUUAUCUGGAGGAUACAACAUGCAAAAUUUGGUUGAUCAUUUCCAUAAACGUGGUCUUUAUCGUUCAAUUUUUCUCAGCAUAAUGGAGGGAAGGAGAUCGUUGCCACAGUUCUCUCCGGAAAUUAUCGCUAAAAAAUUAACUCAUGGAGCCAUAGCUCUACUUCCUGAGAUUGUACUUUUUCAUGGAACAGGAGAUUACUCGAUACCAUCGUCUGCUAGUAAAAUUUUUGCGGAUGUCCUCAAAAAAGCUGGUGCAAAAGCUAAAGUACAAUUGUACAGAGGAAAAACCCAUACUGAUGUAUUUGUACAGGAUCCACUUAGGGGUGGCAAAGACCCACUGGUUGAGGAUGUGGUUUCUAUAAUCCACGCCGCUGAUGCAGAUGCACGCCGGAAGUAUGAUGAUUCGGCACCUAGCCCCGAGCGCCUGGUUUCCGAGUGGCGGAUAAUGUUGGCCCGGCAAAUUAGCCCAUUUUGAACAGGUUUUGAUCCUCUUUACAUGCCAGCCUUUUUGCGCUCUCAAAAUGAUCUUUCCGCCCAGUGUUGGUGUUUGACUUUGAUUUUUUCAGUAAUGAUGUACUAAUGAAUUUGUUUGUAUGCAUGCAGGUAGAUUAUUUCAUCAGCCAUUAAUUUGCUUGUUUAUUAUACUGUUCAACACGAAUGCACUAGAAUGCAAGAAUCUGGGCACGUGUGUUCUAAGAUGAUGAAUUGCAUGAGGUCCAGGAGAAUUGUCUUUUUGAAUUGAAAUUGUCAUAGUUUUGAUAAUACCAAGCAAUUGAGCUUCAAGCUCACCUCUCGCAGCAUGUUCGCACUGAAUAAAUAUAGGUUGUAGGUAAUAGCAAAAAUUCUGUGAACAUAGAUCCGAGUUUGUAUAGUUGGUACAAUUACAAAUAUCAAGCAAUUCACUGAAAUUAAGAUAUAUUGCUUUCGUACACAAGAGACUUAUUCCUGCAAUGUGCAUAAUCAAAUACUAUAUCAAAUCCGCACUAUGUUUCACAGCUUGAGUCAUAAAAUUGAAUGAUACUUGAUGGA